CUAAUAAAGAAAUCGAUCAUCAACAAUCAAACAAAUCGACUUGAAUAUCUACUCAUCAAAAUCAAAUCCAAAUGGCAAAUCUACCUAGUCCAGGUGAUUUACAACAAACAUGGGACUUUUUAAAAGAAGGUACAAAUCAUAUCAUGACUCGUUUAAGAGAUGGAAUGACUUUUGAAAAAUAUAUGCAACUCUAUACUGUCGCGUAUAAUUAUUGUACUUCUUCAAGAGUUCAUAGCUCUGGUGCUGAUGCUUUAGCAUCAUCCUCUUCAGGUGGUCGAUCCGGUGGAGCAAAUCUUAUGGGAUCCGAUCUAUAUCGAUGCCUACAAUUGUACUUUCUCGAACACGUCAAAUUAGUCAAAGAAGGAUCAGAAGAAUUCUCUGGUGAAGCAUUAUUAAAAUACUAUACCGAUGAAUGGGAUCGAUUCACUACUGGUGCUACUUAUGUCCAUCGUUUGUUUACUUACCUUAAUCGACAUUGGGUGAAGAGAGAAAAGGAUGAAGGAAGGAAAAAUGUUCAUCCAAUUUACACACUUGCACUCGUUAAUUGGAAAGAACAUUUCUUUUCAGAUGUACAAAAACAGAACAAGUUGACUCAGGCUGUCUUAAGCUUGAUCACCAAACAAAGGAAUGGAGAAGCAAUUGAUACAAACUUAGUGAAACGAGCAGUUGAUUCAUUCGUUUCUCUUGGUCUAGAUGAAAGUGAUUCGAAUCGACAAAACUUGGAUGUUUAUAAAGAAUGUUUUGAAAACCCAUUCGUAACCGCUACUAAAGACUUUUAUCAUGCCGAAUCUACACAGUUCAUCGCCAAGACUUCGAUCACUGAGUAUAUGCAAAAGGCAGAGAUGAGAUUAAAAGAAGAAGAGGACCGGGUUGAGAUGUAUCUUCAUCAAAGCUCACGUCGCGUCCUCGUUACUACUUGUGAGACCGUUCUGGUCAAAGAUCAGGCUGUGAGCUUACAAGAAGAAUUUCAGAAACUACUUGAUCAAGAAAAAGAAGAAGACCUCGCUAGGAUGUAUGGAUUAUUAGCAAGGAUCCACGAGGGACUUGAGCCCCUCCGCCUCCAAUUUGAAGCAGUCAUCAAAGCAAGUGGUCUAGCGGCUAUCGAAAGAGUAGCAGGAGAGAAACCAGAAGCAGUAGAACCUAAAGCAUAUGUAGAUGCGAUCCUUAGUGUUCAUUCUAAAUAUUUAGAUUUAGUUAAGAAAUCCUUUAGAUCUGAAUCAGGUUUUAGUGCUGCACUUGAUAAAGCUUGUAGAGAUUUCGUUAAUCGGAAUGUGAUCACUGGAAAAUCAAGUGGGAAAUCACCUGAAUUGUUGGCGAAAUAUACUGAUCAACUUUUAAGGAAGACUAAUAAGGUUGGGGAAGAGGCUGAUCUUGAUGCUGCACUCAUUCAAACUAUGACGGUGUUCAAGUACGUUGAAGAUAAAGACGUUUUUCAAAAGUUUUAUUCAAAGAUGUUGGCGAAAAGAUUGGUACAUUCUCAAUCAGCAUCAGAUGAUGCUGAAGCUAAUAUGAUCAGUCGGUUGAAAGAGGAAUGUGGUGUUGAAUAUACCUCUAAGAUGACCCGAAUGUUUUCAGACAUGUCAUUGUGUAAAGAUUUGAAUGAUCAGUUCAAGGAAAAGAUGACACAGACGCACGAUGCUAAUGAUCUAUCACUCGAUUUCCAUGCUCUCACUCUCACCGCUUCAUCAUGGCCACUAUCAGCUCCUGCAACGACUCUAACGAUCCCCAUUGAAAUCUUACCGACCUAUGAACGAUUUAUUAGAUACUAUCAAAACAAACAUAGUGGAAGAAAGUUAACAUGGCUAUGGCAUUUAUCAAGAUUAGAAUUAUCAACGACUUAUACAAAGAUGAAGUAUACCUUUACAGUUUCGAGUUAUCAAGCUGCAGUCUUAUUACAAUUUAAUGUAGGAGGUGAUUCAUUGACGUUUGGUGAAUUGGAAAAAGCUACUACUUUGGAUCCUGUCACUUUGAAAUCGAAUUUACAGUUACUUGUGAAACAAAAGGUUUUAACAGAAGAUGAAGAUUCGUAUGAUUUAAAUCUUGAUUUUAAGUCUAAGAAGAUUAGAGUGAAUUUGAAUAUGCCGAUCAAGUCUGAACAAAAAGUGGAAUCUGCAGAUGUAUUAAAAACAGUAGAUGAAGAUCGAAAGUUAUUAAUCCAAGCUGUUAUCGUUAGGAUUAUGAAAGCAAGAAAGACAUUGAAACAUCAAGCCUUAAUUCAAGAAUCGAUUUCACAAUUAACUUCAAGGUUUAAACCUGCAGUUGGAGAUAUUAAGAAAGCGAUUGAAACAUUAAUUGAAAAGGAAUAUAUUCAAAGACAAGAUGGAUCAAGAGAUGUAUUUGAAUAUUUAGCUUGAAAAAAAAAAACGAAAGAAAAGAGACGAAAGAGAAAAGUCAGAAAGAAAGAAAUGAAAAGAAACGAAGAAGAAAAGAAACGAAAAGAGAAGAAGAAAAGAAACGAAAGAGAAACCAAACCAAAAAGAAAAGAUAAGCUGAUGUGAUGUGAUGUGUUUGUUGAAAGAGUUGUGGUGGUGGUAUUCAAAGUGGUUUAUUUCUUUUUCAUUUGAUAUGUUUGAAACAAUAAUAAUGUAGAAAAAACAAAAAAUCGAUUGAUCAUUUUAUUUUUUUUCAUUUUUGGAAAAUUUUAAGUAAAAAGUGGAUUCUUUUUUUUUUUUGAAAUAAAUUUUAUAU